UCCAAUAACCCUAAAAACCUUGGAAAAACCCAGUCUUUAAAAUCUCUCUCUAAAAUUUCAGGCCCCUCUUUUCUCUAUCACUGCCGCUCUCUGUGAUAGCCAAUACCGAAAAAUCAAAAUCAAAGAAACAAUAAUCAUGGCUACUUCAGAAGAGGAGAUUAAUCAUGAAAACGAAGAGUUAAAGAUGAUUAAGAAGAAGAAGAGAAAGAGAGAGAAUAAGAAAACUAAGAAACAAGUUGAAAAACCAGUUUCAGAAUCUGACGAAGAUGAAAAAACUGUUGAUAGAGUUGAAGAAGAAGAGGAAAAUAAUGGAAACUUGAAUGUGGAACAAGAUGGGGAGGAAGAGGAAGCUGUCGAAACAGAGGUUACGGAGGUGGAGAAGAAGAAGAAGAAGGUUACUUCUAAAGGAUCGGGAAUCAUGAGUACUGAAGCUUUCUCUAACUUACCUCUGUCUGAACCUACCAUGAAAGCUAUUGAAGAUAUGGGUUUUCAACACAUGACUCAGAUUCAAGCUAGAUCUAUUCCACAUCUUCUGGAAGGAAAGGAUGUUCUUGGAGCUGCAAGGACAGGUUCUGGGAAGACCCUAGCUUUCUUGAUACCGGCCAUUGAACUCAUGCAUUGUUUAAAGUUUAGUCCUCGUAAUGGAACUGGUGUAAUUGUCAUUUGCCCGACUAGAGAACUCGCCAUGCAGUCACAUGCUGUGGCAAAAGAUCUUCUGAAGUACCAUUCUCAGACUGUUGGGUUGGUUAUGGGUGGUGCAGCUCGAAGAGGAGAAGCAGAACGCCUAGUGAGAGGAGUAAAUUUGUUAGUAGCUACCCCGGGUAGACUUCUUGAUCAUCUUCAAAAUACCAAGGGCUUCAUUUUUAAAAAUUUGAAGUGCCUCGUUGUUGAUGAAGCUGAUCGAAUACUAGAAGCAAACUUUGAGGAGGAAAUGAGGCAGAUUAUAAAGCUUCUGCCCAAGGAUAAAAGGCAAACAGCUUUGUUUUCUGCUACCCAGACUAAAAAGGUGGAAGAUCUUGCGCGCUUAUCAUUUCAGACCAAACCCAUUUAUAUUGAUGUGGACGAGGACAGAAAAAAGUCCACAAAUGAAGGAUUAGAGCAAGGUUAUUGUAUUGUGCCAAGUGAGAGGAGAUUCCUUCUGCUAUAUUCUUUCCUGAAGAGGAAUCUGUCCAAGAAAGUGAUGGUUUUCUUCUCUUCGUGUAUGUCUGUAAAAUAUCACUCGGAGAUUUUGAGGUACAUUCAUGUGGACUGUUUCGAUAUCCAUGGAAAACAAAAGCAGCAGAAACGUACAUCGACCUUUUUUGAUUUCUGCAAGGCAGAAAAAGGUAUCUUAUUAUGCACAGAUGUUGCUGCUCGUGGGCUUGACAUUCCUGCUGUUGACUGGAUUGUACAGUAUGAUCCUCCAGAUGAGCCAAAGGAGUAUAUUCAUAGGGUUGGUCGAACAGCUCGUGGUGAAGGUUCUAAAGGGUGUGCUCUUCUCUUCUUAAUACCAGAUGAGGUGCUGUUUCUUAAAUAUCUGAAGUUAGCAAAAGUACCAGUGAAAGAGUACGAAUUUGACGAAAAGAAGUUAGCAAAAGUGCAACCUCACUUGGAGGAUUUAGUGGAAAAAAAUUAUUAUUUAAAUAAGUCGGCAAAGGAAGCGUACAGAGCAUACAUACUAGCAUAUAAUUCGCAUUCUAUGAAAGACAUCUUUAAUGUUCACAAACUUGACCUUCAGGCUGUUGCUGCUUCAUUUUGCUUUUCUGGUCCACCAAAGAUAAAUCUGGCUCUUGAUAGCAACGCAUCCAAAUUUAGAAAGAAGAGUCGUAAAGUGGAUGGAAGUCGCCAUGGGAUUAAUCGAGACAAUCCUUAUGGUAAACAAAAAGAUGAUAACCGGCAAUUUGUUAGGUAUUAGUGAACUGGAAAAUUAAUUUAUCAUUUCGCUCCUUCUAUUCAGAAUUUUUGGUUGUUAGAGUUUACUCUCAACUCUGUUCGGAAUUUUGUAAUGCUUGGCUUGUUUCUAAUGAAAUUGUCAGAUUCUUAUUAUCACCUCUAAGCCUUAUAUAGGGAUCUAAGAACUUGUAACUAUUUUAAUAUCUUGUGCAACCUUUAUGCUGCAGUUGGCAUUUUUAUUUU